AUGUCGAAUAUCGAAACGGCCCCGCCGGCUAAGGGCUAUGACGAGCAGCCGAUGACUGAAAAGGGAAACGCAGUGCGCAGUCUAGUCCAGGAAAAUCUUCUGGAUGAGCGCUACGCGACAACUCAGCGUGGUCUAAAGAGCCGUCAUGUGCAACUAAUGGCCUUGGGUGGAACAAUCGGGACAGGUCUUUUCGUGUCAUCCGGCCAAUCAUUGGCGAUCGGUGUCCCUGCUUCCCUCUUGCUGGGAUAUCUUUUUAUCUCUGCUAUGGUCUACGGCCUUGUAACUGCCAUCGCUGAGAUCGGUGCUUAUCUUCCUGUACAUGGGGCCACAAUGAGCUUCAACGGAUUCAGAUACGUUAGUAGGAGCCUCGGCUUUGCCAUGGGAUACCUAUACUGGUACUCUCUAGGUAUCUUAGUGCCAUACGAGAUCACUGCAGCUGGCUUGGUUAUUGGCUUUUGGGAUAGCAAUGCCACCGUCAACAUCGCUGUCUGGAUUACCAUAAUGAUGGUUGUCAUCAUCGCAUUGAAUUUCCUGCCGGUCAGGUUCUACGGGGAGACCGAAUUUUGGUUUGCCGGAAUCAAAAUUAUCACCCUCAUUGGAUUGCUCUUUCUGUCCUUCAUUUUAUUCUGGGGUGGUGGUCCGUCGCACGAUCGUCUAGGCUUCAGGUACUGGAAGGAUCCGGGAUCGUUCAACACUUACAUUGUGGAUGGAAACGCUGGUCGCUUCGUUGGUCUACUUAAGUGCACCGUCUCCAGUGCAAUCGCCUUCAUAUUCGCACCUGAGUUGAUAAUUAUCAGCGGCGGUGAAAUGGAAUCUCCUCGUCGCAAUGUGCCACGCGCUGCACGACGCUACAUCUACCGACUAGUCUUCUUCUACAUCUUCAGCGUGCUCGCUAUCGGUGUUAUUUGCCCGUCUAAUGCAGCACGCCUGACGAAAGGGGAUGGCACAGUCAACUCGUCACCCUUCGUGGUGGGAAUCAAAAACGCCGGCAUUCCUGUUUUGGAUCAUAUCGUCAAUGCAGCAGUUCUAACUUCUGCAUGGUCGGCUGGGAACUCCUUCCUGUACAUGUCCUCUCGUUCAUUGUACUCUCUAGCCAUGUCGGGAAAUGCGCCCAGUAUCUUCAAAUCCUGCAAUCGCUGGGGCGUGCCCUACUAUGCCGUCGCCGUAUCGGCCUGCUUCUCAUGUCUGGCUUACCUAUCGGUCGGAAAUUCGAGUUCUAUCGUAUUCAACUGGUUCGUCAAUUUUACUAACACGUCGGGCUUCAUCUCUUGGAUUUGUUGUGUGAUUGUCUAUUUCCGUUUCCGAAAGGCAGUAAAAGCACAAGGAAUCGAACAGCCUUACAAGUCCAAAAUACAGCCUUAUGGAGCAGUUUUUGGUCUUGCAGGUGCAACUGUUAUGGCGUUGAUCAAUGGUUUCACUGUCUUCUUCCCAUCCGAGUGGUCUGUCAGCAACUUCUUUACCGCCUAUAUCGGGAUUCCAGCGUUUUUAAUACUCUACUUCGGCCACCGAGCCUUAUUCUGGAGCGAUCCAUGGGCAUGGCGACCAGAGGAGGUCGAUAUGCAUACCGGACUUGAGGAGAUCAUAUCUGCCGAGGGACCGGAGAGAGUCCGUGGCCCGUGGUGGAAACUAUGGUAA